CAUAAUACAAUUUUAUUAUGGUUGGAAAAAGCAAACAUGGAGCGCCCCACUUCUAGGAGAGCCCGAUCGAUUUGCUUUGGAGCUUUCGUGGGCGCGUCCAUGCAGAUUUUGGGAACAACGCGGAAAUAGUCGCUUUCUUUCCAGUUUCUACUUUUGGCCUCUUCUAGCCGCCGAUCUAGAUUGAUUUUUAGAGACCAGCCAAAGUAGCGUAUACUGUAUGCCAGCGGAGAAUAAUGAAAAACUAUAUAACAAGGUCGCGACUAAUCAACUACUAAACCAUUUACUCUACAUAACAAGUGCUUAAAAUGAAUGAAAAAUAAAACGGAAAAAUUAAGUGGAAUAAACUAGGAAUAAACUCUUGCAAUACAAGUUUAAAUGCUCUCCCAUUGUUUAGGCAAUAUAGGAAUGCACAUUGGGCUUAAUGGUGGCAUGUGUUUAUUAAAUAUCUUGGUGUAGAAACUCAAUACACACACAGAAAAAGUUUGUAGUGUUCUCCCUACAACAACCCUGCGAGGUAGAUCGGGUUGAUCCCAAUCUCAUACAUUUCUGUGGCUGAGGGAUUAGUUCCGGGGUCUCAUUUGUCCCACACGCUGGUUAUCAUCCACAACUGCUAAAAACAUUUUCACCAAUUCAAAAUUAGAACAACACUUUUGCAAAUGAUAUGCGUCCGCGCUAAGUAGAUGAAUAUACAAAAAAUACCUUGGAGGUAUUUAAAAUCUGGGUUGCAAAAAUAUGGAGAACUGGCCUAUAGUGAGACAUUUAAAAAAAACCCUCCAAUUCCUUGUUGCCAUCUAUCGGCGGUCCGGAUUUUUGCAGCGCAGAAAGGGACCCUUUAUCAGCAAAAUAUUAUUUGUAAGAGCACUAUUACCCAUAGCUGAAAGAAUCUGACUGUCCUAUUGAUGACGUAACCACUCAAGUACAAAAGAGGCAAGAGAUGAAAGAGUGCAACAUUGUAGCCAAUCCCUUCCAAGCCCGGGAAAUUCGAACCUUCUCAGCCAAUCAAAAGAGGAGGACUCCGCUAUAAAUACUCAGCCUUCAAGAGACUAGCCUGUUUUCUGGUUUCGACUUCAUUGGGAUCGGUUACUCUAUAGGCGAACAAUGGCCCGUACUAAGCAGACUGCUCGGAAGUCUACUGGAGGAAAAGCUCCUCGCAAGCAGUUGGCUACCAAGGCUGCCCGAAAAAGCGCUCCAGCCACCGGUGGGGUGAAAAAGCCUCAUCGUUACCGUCCCGGCACUGUCGCCUUAAGAGAAAUUCGUCGUUACCAGAAAUCUACCGAGCUGCUCAUCCGUAAGCUCCCCUUCCAGCGCUUGGUUAGAGAAAUCGCCCAAGAUUUCAAGACCGAUCUCCGUUUCCAGAGCUCCGCUGUUAUGGCCCUGCAGGAAGCCAGCGAGGCUUACCUCGUGGGCCUCUUCGAAGAUACCAACCUGUGCGCCAUCCACGCCAAGAGGGUGACGAUUAUGCCGAAAGAUAUCCAGCUGGCGCGCCGCAUCCGCGGGGAGAGGGCUUAAGUGUCCUCUCGUCCGGUUGCGCAAAGCAAUCCAAAAGGCUCUUUUAAGGGCCACCCACGUAUAUCAAGGAAAGGGCUGCUGCUUUGCUUCUGCUGAAAACGUCAACGCGUUUUGCAAUACACAUGGAUCUGUUAGGGCUAUACUAUUAGAGCUAUAGCACUACCGUCACUACUCCCAACAGCCCUCCAAAAUUUGAAUUUGCAAAUGUGUAUUCAACAUGGCAAGGGAUUCUUAGUGGACUACGGAGUCUACUGCAUUCUCUACACCCACAUUGUUUUAACUGGGUUAUGGAAAGUGACCUGGGAGGGGUGGCUAUGGGUAUUUUUUUUUUUAAUGGGGAGUGGCAUUUUUCAUGCCUUAAGCCAAUGGAACGUUGCAAUGGUUCACACAGUAAUAUCUCGAUGAAAGAACGUUUAUAUGCUACAGUGCCACUGGCGAUACCUUUAAAAGAAUUAGUGCUUGCUUCAGAUUUUUUUUUUUUUAAAGGCUCAUGAAUUCAGUUUUUUUUCAAUAGACUUUCUGUGUGUGCUUGUUAGGCCACCUUAAUACUACAUAUAAAGGUUUCGUAUUUGGACAUUUAAUUUUCUGGCAGUGAAAUGUCUGCAUUCUAAUACCUGGGCCAUUAGCUUGGCUGUAAAAUUAAAAUGGGAACUUUGUAAAUUCACCUGGAUCAGUCGCAACGAUACCCAAUUCUUUCUCUAAGGAAAGAAUACCCAGAGAUUUCAUUGUAGGAAGACAUGGGGGGGGGGUGCAUAUAAUUUUGUAGUUAGAAGAAAAGCUUUUCAAAUGAAAGACAUCUUGAUAAGUACGUAUAUGACUAUUAUAGUUUUGCUUCUUUAGGUCAGGUUUGUAAAGGUUUUAAUUUGAGUCCCAUAUUUCAAUAGCAUACACCAGUUGCAAUUAAAAUAUUUGUAAGC